CUUACCAGUUUCACGCAACGAUCAAUUCAACAGGUUUCACUACGGAUCUUGUUGAUUUGUCUGGUUAAUAUUCCAAGCUACGCUUACUUCCGAGGUUGGAUUCAAAGUUGGAAGGUAAUUUAGAGGCCAGAGCCUCAAAGAAGGGCGAGACAAAAUUGCGUGGUUACUGUUCCCAUCGCAGGUGAUUUCUGUUCAUUGCUCUGUUUCUGGUUAUUGUUUGAGGAUUUGGUUUCUGGUUUGGAGAUUGAAACCCCUGGUCGCAGUUCUGACUGGUAGGGAUUUCGGGAAAAAGGAACACCGCUCUCAUCGUUUUGGCGAAUUACUGUUCAUCAGCGAGGUUUGAAUCUGAUAUGAAAUUCGCUUGGAGCUGUUUCUUUUCCGGUUUCUGAGAAUUUUCUGGGGUCGUCCUGUACCCUUCAAACUCUGCACUAAUCAGGGGUUGCUGCGUCUGUUGGGUUAUGGCAAGGAAGAAGCUGGUUAACAGGGAAACACCUCAGAGAAGGGUUACCAGGUCCAAAGCCUCCUUCAAUUUGUUGGAUGGAUUGGAUGAUGAAUUCCCCACUCUGGACUCUACUUCCGUGGGACUUUAUGCCAAUGCAGGGGUUUCUGGUGCAGAUUGCAACACCCCCAGUAAGGUCCUGAUUGUUGAUACCAUUGAUUUGCAGAUUGAAACUACUGAACAGGUACGGAAAGUUGUAACUUCAACUUCUGCCAAUAAAGAGGAACCAGCUAAACAGAUCACUUUAAUGAAGACUAAAUAUGAUACUUCAGAAAGGAAACCUUGGAACACUCUGUUUAAGGACAACCGAGCCCCAACGCACGGUCUCAAACUGAAAUAUGUUCCACCCAAAGAAAAUGGACUGGACGUUACUGAUAGGAUCUUUCCUUCUAUGGUAAAGAUGUGGAGUUACUGUCUCGUCGGGUGUUUCACAGGUAUUUUCCCCGGAUUGAAAGCUGUUCACGAGUUGAGAGUGGAAUGGGGUGUGAAAUGCCAAGUUAGACGCCAUAAUAGGGGUUGGGUCAUCUUUAAAUUUCAAAGUGAAUGUGAUAGAGCUAAAGUGCUGAAUGGAGGGCCAUACUCCAAAUUUGAGAAAUUGUUGAUGCUUAAACCACUCCACGAGGACUUCUCUUUCGUUGAUGAAGAGUUUUUAAAGGUGUCGAUUUGGGUUAAAUUCCCAAAUCUACCCUUAAAACUAUGGAGUGAUGAUGCGAUGAGUGAAGUGGUCUCUAUGGUUGGUGUCCCACUUACCACGGACAAGGUCACCCAAGAGAAAAGCAACCAUCACUUUGCUAGAGUGCUUAUUGAAGUCGAUGUUUCCAAUCCACCUCAAUUAUCAUUUCCUAUAAGACUACCUUCCCAUAAGGUAUUCAAACAACAUGUGGUGUACAAAACUUUCCCUAGUUUUUGCUUUCAUUGCAAAGAGUAUGGGCAUCACCCCUUUACUUGUAAAGUUCUAGCCGAGAAGGAACUUUCCAAAGGUGAAGCACAUGAGACUAAAGGUGCUACUGAUCUUGAAACUACUGCUGCAGGGGCUAUUUCUGCCCCAGAUGGUGCUGAUUUCGAAGCUACUGCUGCUGCAACGGAAGAACCUGAUGCUAUUCUUGAAGAACCUGGUGUUGCGUCCCAUGUGCAACCGUCUUUUGAAGCUACUGUUGCCGGUUCUAAAGUUCAACCUGCUGCUGGGACAAUUCCUGCUGCACUGGUUCCUAUGAGGAUGGAACAUGCUGCUGUGAUGCAAAGUGAUGAUGGGACAAAUACUACUGCCAUUGGUACAAUUGCUGCUGGGACAAGUGCUGCUGCUGUUCAAUCUACUGUUGCUGCUGGGCCGCAAAUUUCCCAGGCCGGGAAGGAAGAUUUUGAACCAGAACUUGCUGCUGCUGGAAUGGAUGGGCAGCUGGAGGUAAGGGAGGUUGCAACCGCGCUGCAAUUCCCAGAAGUUGUGAUUGACAGAAACAAAAUUGUUAAAAAUAUGAAUAAAAAUAAAAGGAAGAAGAAGAAUACGGGUAGGCCGAAGACAAUGAAAUCUGGCGGUAGAACACCGAAGAGGAUUGAAAAUGAGAGCUCAGGAGAGACCGAAAUCUCUUGGGAGGAGGAUGUGGGUUCGGACUUUGAUGAAGUUUAUAUGGAUGGUAAAGUGUUUACGAUUAGAAAAGAUGAUAAAGUGUGCAGAAAUAGAAUGAUACGGAGAAUUCCAGGCUUAAGUUGGGAGGAUACAUUUACUAAAAAGAAGAUGGAUCUUCCUGAAUUUUUUAGGAAUCGGAAAAAUGGGAAGAAGUAAAUGGCUAGAAUAGUUAGUCAGUUUAUAUGUCACGCCCCGGACCACAUCCGAGCCACGUAGACAACCGUCGUACAACCCGAUAAGAACAACAACAGUUCAUCCCUAUUGAAUUGUACAAGGCGUCCGAUUGAUUCUAUUGCCAAACCGAUUAGUAAACACAUACAAUCAACAUCAAUAUCAUAAUCAAACAAAUGCGAAAAAAAUAAUAUGUUUGAUACUUAGCCACACGUGGCAAACACGGGCACGUAGGCCCC